AAUUCUUUCUCUCUCCGCCGUCUCUCUCUCUCUAGCAUUUUUCCGGCGAAGUAAAAGGCAAAUAUAUGGGCGGAAACUCGCCGUGCGCCUCCUGCAAGCUGCUCCGGCGGCGGUGCGCCAAAGACUGCAUUUUUGCCCCUUAUUUUCCCUCCGAUGACCCCCACAAGUUUGCUAUUGUUCAUAAAGUCUUUGGUGCCAGCAAUGUCAGCAAAAUGCUGCAGGAACUGCCGGUUUCACAAAGAGGCGACGCCGUGAUGAGCCUAGUUUACGAGGCAAGUGCAAGAGUGAGGGACCCAGUGUACGGAUGCGUAGGGGCAAUUUCGUACUUGCAGAACCAAGUCUCACAGCUACAGAUGCAGCUGGCGGUGGCGCAAGCCGAGAUUCUGUGCAUCCAAAUGCAGCAAGACCACCCCGUUUUCCCAAAUUGCCCCCAGAUCCACUACUCCGGCGACAAGCUACUCCCGCCGCCGUCUCAGUGCCUCAAUUUUGCCAACUCUCCUAAUGUAAUUUACGACACCGUUUUUGGACAUGAUAUAGUUUCUUGA